AUGAUAAAUAAUAAAAAUAUAUUGAUAAUAUUGUUAAUUUUAGUUUUAUCAAUAAAUUUAUCAGAAUCUUUAUGUAUUAUUGGUAAUUUAAUUUGUAUUUUGGAAGGGCCAUUGCUCGUCUCGGUAGCUCAAAUCUUUUCAGAUUUAUCUACUUCAGGUAAUUUAGUCCAGGUUGUAAAUAGUGUUUUAACCGUCACAAAUUUAUUUAAUUGUAAUUCCGAGGUCGAAUUAUUAGGUGGUGUUUUGGUAAUAGAAAGUGGAUUUGUCCUUAAUGUUGGUUGCAAAUUUACAAUAAAGAAUGGAGCAUCAAUUCAAUUUUUAACAACAACUCCAGUAAAUCUAGGUCUCUCAUUGUUUUUCAUGGACUCAAGUGGUAAUUCUUCACUCUCUGUUGAGGCCGGAGUUUUAAAUACUAAAAUCACCGAGAUGGGUUACGAAGGGUUGGAGCUACCAAAGCUUAACAUUAAAGCCACUCAAUUUACAUUAAAUAUUGGUCAAAAUAUCGUUUCAAGUAUUGAUAGGGUUACUGUCAAUUUUGGAAAUACUGCUUCAAAUUUACUUUCAAUUGGAACAAAUGUUUCAAUAUCGACUCUUUCAGUUAAAAACUCUGCAUCAGCUAUAGACAUACCCGAUAUUUUAUUAAAUACAUUAAAUUUAGAUAAUUUAUCCAAUGUUUUGGGUAUAGCAUCGUCAACACUUCAAAAUUUAAAUAUUAAUAAUUCACAAUUAAAAUUAGAUAAAGCACUAAACAUACCUCUUAUUAGUUCAGUUAAUAGUGUUAUAACCUUAUCUAAUAGUUUAGUAUCAAUUGUUAAUGGUACAUUAUUAAAUUCACAAAUUUCUCUUCCAACAGCCGGUCAGGUUCUUCUUGUUAAUGGGGUUCUAGACCUUCUUUCUACAUCGAUCGAGCCAAUUCAAACAUUUUCAAGUGGUAGUGGUAUUUUAAAAUUAGGAGCUAGUGCUGUUCUUUCAGUUGGAAAUUCGUCCAAUAUCGUUUACAAAUUAAAUAAUCAGUUACAAUCACUUGGUGGCUUAAUUAAAUCUAUUGGCUCUUUAAGAAUACCAAAUCAAGUCAAUAAAAUCACUCAAUUGGGUUUGAAUAUAAAAAGUUUAUUGGUAGAGUCUGGUCAACUUUUAUUAAAAGAUUCAACUUUAAAAAUUACAAACUCAAUUUCUUUUUUAUCAAGUACAAAGGGUUUAAUGGAAUUAGAAGGUGGUCUUUUAUCAUUAAGUAAUGUCUUUGAUAUUGCAUCAAACACUUUUAAUGACUUGUUGGUUUCAAAUGUAGAUCUUACUAUAAAUAACUUGGUAUUUGAUUUGGUUAAUUUAAAACUUCCAAAUCGUCUCUCGAUUGGAGUUGAUGCAAGUUUAAAUGUACUAAAUGGAUUGAAAUUACACACCUCCAUCGAUAUCUCUCUCUUAGAUGGUAUACUUAGUACAAAUUUGGUUUUUGUUCAAUCAUCAGCCGACAAUAUUGUUUGUAAUGGUCUAACUCCAACUCCAAUCCUUGUGGAUGGCUCAACUUCAACUUAUCAAUAUAUGUGUGAUGAUAAAAUGAUCGUUUUAAGACUUGAAAGUUGUGUUGGUGUGGUUUGUCCAAAUGGUCAGUGUGCUUCAAGUUUAUCAAAUUGUCCAUCAUCUCCAUUACCAAAAUGUCAAGUUGGUGAAAUUCGUUGUUUAGAUGGUUGUCACUCAGAUAUAGAAAGUUGCCAGGAUAUAGAUUGUAAUACAGUAACUUGCACACAACCAGGUACAUCAUACUACGGUUGUCCAUUUGAUUAUUUCCAAUGUGGUGAUGGAUCAUGUCAUUUAAAUAAGUAUGAUUGCUGUGCUCCUGGUAUAAAUUGUACUGCAAAUUUAGCACCAACAAUAUAUAGACCAGAGUUAUCUAUUUCGCCAGUUCAUUCAUUAAAGGAUAUUACAGUACCAAUAGUUUAUAAAAAUAGUGCUUUAAAUGCUUUAGAUAUAUACGGUUAUGUUAAUCUUCCAAGUGGUUAUAUUCCUGGUGGAGCUUUAAAAAAUUUACAAAUUACCUACUCUGAAGAUUCAUACUUGGAUUCAGUUGAUGGAGAUUCCAUUUGGGGAAUAGAAAACGAAAUUUCUUUAUUUAGAGAAGCUGCUGUAUCAAUGAUUUUCGACGUUUCACUAGAAAAUAUCCUUAGUCCAAUUUUUAAUAUUCCAGUUACUUUUGAAUUAAAAAUACCAGGUGCACAAAAUUUGGAUUUAAAUAAUUAUUGUUUAUACUAUAUCAAUACUCAAAACAAUCAAUGGGUUUGCGAAGCUUCGGGUACACUCACUUUAACAUCAAGAAAUACAAUUUUGGUAAAUACCCCACAUUUUACCAAUUUUGGUGUCUUAUUAAAUAAUUAUAAACCAAAACCAACAAAGUCACCAACUGGAUACUACCCACCAAUUUUUACAACCACAGUAACCACAACAGCAACUACUACAGCAACUACUACAGCAACAACUACAGCAACAACUACAGUUUUUUUGACAACAGGUGGUUCAAACCCUGGAACAUCUGGUUCGGCCACUUCAGGUACUACAACAGCCACUACAACAGCCACUACAACAGCCACUACAACCGCAACAACCACAGCCACAGGUUAUACUACCUAUGGUGGUAUUGACCCAAGCUUAGAAGAGGUAAAUAAGAGUAACAAAAAUACAAUUAUCAUUUCAGCAACUGUAGCAGGUGGUGCAGUUCUUAUCGCAGGAGGGGCUGGAUUCUUUAUCAAUAAAAGAAUUCGUCAUGGAAGAGUCGUUUUCUGGUGGAAAACUCGUAAGCCACCACCAUCAUCAAGAAUGAACACCUUACCAUAAAUAUAUAUACAACUCACCUAAUUUAUUUAUUUAAAAUCAACAUAAUAAUACAAAACUGUAAAUAGUACUCUUUUACUUUGUUGUAAAAGAUAAUCGAUUAUAAUUUUUUUUUUUGUAAAAUUAGAUUAAAUUUAUAAUCUAAUAUUAAAGUAAUAAAAUAAUUUAUUGAAUGCUCAUAUAAAUUUUUUAAUUU